UGCAACGUGGUGUUGAGUGGAGCACACAGAGAGCUGCCCUCGACGCGUGGCUUAUCAGUGAAUUUUCAAAACAUGAAAUGGCCACAGUAUUUGGGGCGUCAAAGUCAAAGUUCCCAAAGCACGUAGUGCCUGAUGUAGUCGAGAAGGAGGAGGAAGAAGAGGAGGAUGACGACGAUGAAGAAGAAGACUCUGCCGAAUCGGGCUCGACAACUUCGUUCAGUCUUCAGGAGUGCAUAAACGAGUUUCGGGCCCGCCGCAUUAGACGCGUCUCCACCCAAAGCCGCGACUGUGACAACAACCACAACAUGCCAGGUGAGGACCAGCCCGUGCGCGUACGAGGCACAUCCGCCGAUGCGGACUUAAUUAACCAGAAUCGCUGUAACAAGGCCCAGGAGCGCAAGGGCAAUACAUGCAAGAAUGGUUUUUGCUAUUGCUUCACCAGCGACAGUGGCGAUUGUGCCUCCACGGCACCGACACGAGAGUCGCACGUGCGCCAGCCCAGACGCAGCAGGCGUUCCGAAAGCACUAAGGUACGAGUACUAAAACCCUUUCAGACAAUCCACAUGAUACGUGUGCUUGUCCAGGCGGUUAGUGCGUCCAAGCCGCUGGUCCAGAACCAUUUGGACAGCCAGAGGCAGCAGGCGGGACGUCGUCACAGUGAACCGCCCAACGUGAAACAGACCUCAAAUAUUCCGUUGACUGCCAUAAGCAGUAUUUGUGCCGUCGGCGAUGAUGCUCCGCUCAUACAGAUUAUUCAGGAGCUGCGCGACAAUUGUGUUGUGUCGGAGGUGCGCGUGAACCGACAGAAGCUGCAAGGAUCAGGCUGCCAGCCAAGGUCUUCGCCUGUUAAGACCUGCAAAGUGAAGGCAUACGAUCCGAUUACAUACAAUCCCACUGCCUUGUCAAACAUCAGCGAGCAGGAUUCUGCCCUGGAAGAGGAGCCGCAAAUGGCUCAAACAGAACUGCCGACUAGUCUGCAGUCCGCUCGCCAAAGCUCCCGGUCGCGACGCAGCUCUGGUGCAGGUGGCCGUCUCCUCCAGAAGCGUUUGUCACAGGGUCUGGUGAAUUUCAAGACCCGCGAUUUCCAAGAGCCACCACCGAAGCCGCCGCGCCGUAGCUGCCAGAGUCUCGAUGGGAAAUUCUCACUGUCGUCGUUGGCCUCGACAACGCCUUCAGUGCGGGAGGCUGAGCGUGUUUUGGAUGAGUUCCUGCGCCAGAGAGGCGUCCCGGUACCCAGUAGCAAUAAUAACUCGCCUCGAAAGGAUAAAAUCAGCAAGCGCAGGUCCUAUCCGAUGGCCGAAGUGGAGAAGCCCCGGCGCAACAGACAGCUGCCUACGUGUCCCUCGCUGAGCGACAUUGAGCGAGUUGUGGAGUCCAAGCGUGGCUCGAACUACGCCCGAAAUAUACAGCAGGCCAGUAGCAAGGGGAAGAAUGCCGUAGCCGACAAACCCAUGAAGGAGAUCCUGAUAGGCUGGACAGAGCCAAAGAUCAACGACAUGUUGAACUACGAGAACAAGCGGCGUACCCAUUUCAAGACCCGGGCUCCUAUGGCAGAGCCCCAAGUGGCCAUUGGCUGGCAGCUACCACAGCCUGUAGUGCCUAAGACCUCCUUGGACACCGUCGACGGCAGUAUGUGCGAGAAUCUGGCCUCCAACAUAGACAUCAAGCACACUCCCAUCAAAUAUCCACGAGGCAUCAAGUCUGCUGGCGGACAGGGCAGCCAUAAGUUCAUUUGGGGCGAGCAGUUGCGCAACUUUUCGCCGCUGAAGGCAGCCAACAAGCAGCCUACACUCAAAACCAAGUCCAAAAACUUUCUUAACAACUCAAAGAACAAGAUACUGCGCUUUGUCUCGCCCAAAAGACAAAUCACCCGGAGAACCCGUCACGACGGCCCACUCCUACUCCUAGACUCUGCACUGUGGGUGCUCAGACAUCCACAUCGCAGUUAGAUCUGCAGUCGCAAUCCCCACCG